GACUUUGUCAGCAUGUGGAUUUCUGCAGCAUUCCUACUUUUUGCGUUGGUUGUAAAUGGAGUCAAGUCUGAAGAAUCUUUCGGCAUUGGUCGAAAAUGCCCCAAGGGCUGGGAGAAAUUUGGAGCACAAUGUUUUAAAUAUUUCAGUGACUUAAAACCAUGGGCUGAAGCAGAGAAACAAUGUCUUAACCUCGGAGGAAACCUUGUAUCUAUCCACAGUCAACUCACUCACAAUUUCCUAAAAUCCCUUGUGAAAAAACAUGGUAAUGGCAACUCCCGUAGCUGGAUUGGUGCUCAUGAUGCAAUUAAGGAGGAUAUCUGGUUUUGGAGUGAUGGAUCAGAGUUUGAGUACAGUGACUGGCAUACUGGUGAACCAAAUAAUGGAGGAGGAAAUGAACGUUGUGUGGAAAUGGGCUAUGGAGGCGAGAAACGCUGGAAUGACGCACACUGCGAUACUCUUCUCAGUUUCAUCUGUUACAGAACAGCAAGAAUUGAUUUCUAAUCCUAGUUUUGAUUGAUAAACUAAUAUCUCAUCUGUCCAUCACCAAUUUCUAAAGUCUCCAAAUUGCUGAUUGUAACAGACAUGCUUUGAUUUUGAAUUUUAAUGUCAAUCUUUGC